GGCGGAAGCCUUUUUACACGGCAUAAUGUGAUGAAUGUUUUCGGCGUCGUCUACCGCUGCUAAAGGAGAAAAAUAUAUUAGCGACGUUUGCCGCGACGAGCAUUUCUACCUUAGCGCGCGCGCGCACGGCACACUUUUAAUGAAAUUGCACCCUAAGUCGUGCCUCUUGACUUCUCUCUCGUUUCAUUUUCUAUUUCAGUCGAUCGGAAGUCUCAGCCGCUUUAUCCUCCUCGGUGCAUCCACGAUCGCCGUCUUCUGCUCAGGCACCCUACCCCCGCCCUCCUCUGGUUUGACAUUCGUCAAAUUCUCAGGCAACCAUAGUCCGUCUGAAUAAUUACGAUUUCAAAUCAGGCAUUUCUUAGUUCAUUAUAGCAAUUGCUCUUUGAAUGUUAGGUUUUUUGUUAAGUUUUUUUUUUUUUUUUUUUAUACAUCAUCUUACUGAUGUAGUUUUUGCUUCAGUCAAUCUCUGUUUUUUUUUUCCUUGUAUAUCGUGUUUAUUUCGUAAUAUAUUUUAGAGUUUAGAAUGCGAAGCUGUAACAAAAGUUUAAAACAGGUUUUAGUUCUUCAUGUGAAACUUGUAGCCCUAUUGCAACUUGGAAAAAGAUAAAGAAGAACAAGAAAGGAGGAUACAAGCGUAUUUAAUUUUUUUUUCAUGUGUUUAGUUAUUAAGGAAAGGGGAGAAAAAAAUUUUAAUAUAUAAUAAAUAAUGAACAAAAUUUUCACUUCACACGUCAUUAAUAUUUUUUUCUCUAAAUUUUUAUUUGCAUAAGAACUAAUUUUUAUUUAAUAAUAUUUGAUAUAAAAAGAAUAUAUAUUUUUCAUUCUUAUUUUUCCCCUUUACUUUCCUCACAUAAAAUCUUUGAUCUAAUUGAGCCGUAAUGUUUUAUCGGGGAAAAUCAGUUUUUUUUUUUUUUUUUUUAAUAAGAAAAUACAGAAUGAAUCAUAUUUAUAAUCUACUACCCUGCCAUUUUGGAUUUUAGGGUAUCUGAGUUCAUAAUCUAGAUUUUUCGUCAUUUUCAUUAUCUCCUAUUUGUAACCUCAAAUGGGUAUUGUAUUCCAGGGAAUAAAUCAGAUUCAUGGAUGUAAGUUCAUCUGCUAGCAGCCACAAAACACCAAAGCUCAAUGAAGAAAAUGAUAUUGAUGGGGAGGGUAGAAAUGUUAUAGACGGUCUAUCAGAUUCACUUCUCCAACAUAUACUAUCGUUUCUUCCUACAAGAGAUGCUUUUAGGACUAGCAUACUGUCUAAAAGGUGGGAAUGCCUGUGGAUGUCUCUUCCAAUUCUUGAUUUUAAAGAUGAGACACCAUUUUAUGGUGAUCUUGAUCAAGAAGCACUAGUAAAGAGAGUGGCCUCUAUGGAUUUUGCAGAAAGAGUUCUUUUGUUUCACCUCUCAACUGUCACAAAAUUCUCACUCUCGUGUAGCGUGCUACACGAUUGGGGUCGCGUCAAUGGUUGGAUAUCAGCAGCUGUGAGGCGUAAGGUUCAAGUAAUGGAUCUUACACUCAAAAGAGUUUUUGAUUGCUUCGUGUUGCCCUGUUGCCUUUUCACUUGUGAAUCGCUACAAGUGCUCGAUCUUAAGAUGUCCUUUUCUCUGCAGUUGCCUAAGUUUGCUCAUUUUUCAAAUCUCAGGAAAUUGAAUCUUACACUUGUCAUAUUUCCCCAUGAUUAUAUAAUGAAACAUCUCUUGGCUGUUUGCCCAGUUCUAGAGGAGUUGGAAUUGAUUUGUUGCAGUUGGGAGCACGUCAAAGCUGUUUGUAUUGAUGCCCCUAGGCUUAAAAGAUUUACUUUACAGGAAAAUGCUGGUAGAUGCCCUGAUGAGACAGAUACAGAAGAGGAGGAUGGUGAUGGCGAUGGUGACACAGGUCAUCCGAAAAAAUUGGAUGGUUGUCAGUUUGCAAUCUUUGGUGCUUAUCUGGAGUACUUUUCCUAUAGUGGUAAUUUUGCCAAUCAUUAUUGGUUUUAUGGCCCAUCCUCAAUGAUUGAAGCAUCCAUUCACCUAGUACAGCAAGGCCGCAGAAAAGUUGCUUAUCGCGCAUUUAGGCUUCUUAUGGGGCUUACUAAGAGUAAAAGCCUUAAUUUGUCUCAGAUGUUUGUUGAGGUUGUCACAGAGUAUGCAGAGGAGUUACUUGCCAAUCUGCAUGAGUUUCAGAAUUUGACCCAUCUUGAAUGUCAGUGGAUGAACCUGUGCCUUCACCGCAAGGGAUUACUUACCAUACUUGGGAGGUCCCCUCGUCUCAGUUCUCUUAUUUUAUCUGGGGAAUUGACUUCAUUCCAAUAUGAUGCAAGUGAAUGGACAUUAGAUCCUGUGCCUGCAUGCUUUAGUUCACACCUCAAAACUAUUGAAAUCUCUUACAUUUGUGGAUCCGAGCAUGAUCUUUAUGUCAUUAAGCUUUUGCUCGAGAGUGCGACAGUUUUGGAGAAGUUUGUUGUUCUCCUUAAUCCCUGGGAACUUGAUAUGGACUUCAAGAAGCCGCAGGAGAUCAGAGAACAAAUACUGUUAUUUCCCAGAGCUUCAAGGAAGUGUGUGAUGGAAAUAUCUUGCCCACAGCAGCCAGAAAUCGUCUUCAUAUGAGAUUUCUGCAGAUUUCGACUUUCCAUAUGGGAAUAUGACUCUUGUUCAAAGCGGAAAUUGUAGGAUUUUUACCCUCUAUUCUGAAACUAUCUUCGUAUGCAAUCACUAUGCUUAGUUCAUGAUGUC